AGAGGCACAAACAAGAGCAAGCUCAGUGCCCGACAGCCCCUCGCCGGACUCUCUCCCACAGAGAGGAACUCGGCCCCAAGCCCCGGAGACCCGCGCAGGCCGCCUCCGGAGGAGCCCCCGCAGACGCCAUACUAAAAGCCAAAAUGGCUGCCCGAAGGAAGCCCGCACCGCGCAGCUAGUGAGGGCUGGGUAACAAGCUUCUGCGGGAAGGGGGGAGGGGGGCUAGAGGAAGAGCCGUCGCCAGGACCAUCACCCCCCCGAGCCGCACAGGUUCUGGUUACAGCUACCCCUCGCCAUAACUUUUGAACUAUAUUUGGAAAAAUACUGGCCAGAAAAAAAAAUGAUAAAAUUUUUCCUUAUGGUGAAUAAACAAGGGCAGACCCGACUUUCUAAGUACUAUGAACAUGUGGAGAUUAAUAAGCGUACGCUUCUGGAAACAGAAGUCAUAAAGAGCUGUCUCUCUCGAUCCAAUGAACAAUGCUCUUUCAUUGAAUAUAAGGAUUUUAAGCUGAUAUAUCGGCAGUAUGCAGCUCUCUUCAUUGUGGUCGGAGUUAAUGACACUGAGAAUGAGAUGGCAAUUUAUGAAUUCAUCCAUAACUUCGUGGAAGUUUUAGAUGACUACUUCAGCCGAGUGAGUGAACUAGAUGUAUCCUUUUUCAGUGCUGUGAACCAAGUUUUCCAUAGUACUUGGCAAAGAACAGGCUAGUCUUGAUCAGACCAGGAUUGUGCUCUUUAGUGAUGGAAACUUUAGUAAAGCAUAGAAUUUAGAAACGUUCAACCAUUAUCAUCUUCACUCUCAAGAGUUUCUCUCUUCCAGAACAGGUCAGUUCUCUCUUCCAGUUCAAUUUCACAAAAGAAAAGUUAGGUACUCAAAUGAAGGGACUACUGGAGGAAGGACUUGGCUCUAAUUAGCUAGACAUCAUAGUCUAACAGUGUUUUCUUCUUCUCCCAUGCCCUGUACUAACUUUCCAAUAAGAACGUCAGUAAUCUAAAGUGGCUCCAUAAUUCUCAAAUGAGUAUUUUUAGAAUGCUCCAUUUAUAAGAGGUACUCUCUUGAAAAUCGGAAUUUUUAUCUCCUUGGGAAUUAAGUCAGCAUUGCCUUUUCUUCAUUCAUUUCUCCUCGUGGUUAUUUUUUUCUUUUAGCCUGUCUGACACAAAAGAUGCUCAAGGUGCAGUAUUGUAAAGGCAUUUGUUUUGGGGUGGAGGUUUGAGGGUGGAGGGAGGAUGUAUACUCAGCCGCCUCAGGCCUCUCCCGGGAAGUCUGGAAGCAGAGCAGUUAAGCCCAAACUUUCGGUUUAAAUUCCAGCUCUGACAACUACUAGCCAUGUGACUGUAGGCAAUGGCUUUGAGCCUGUUUGUUCCUGUGUAAAAUGAGGAUAAUGUUAGCAUGUACAUCACCGAGUCGUAGAGAAGACUGAAAUAAUACAUGUAAAAUACUCAACACAAUGCCUGGAACAUAAUGAGUAUUCAAUAAGUCAUGGCUAUUCCUGUUGUUAUUAUUGUCUGGGAAGACAUUGUUCUUGAGGUCAGGUCACACUCUUACCAAAAUUUACUUGCUUUGUUCUCCAGCUCUUAGUAGAGAUUCCGUCUCACUCUGGCUAAAAGGUAUAGCUGUUCCAUUUCUGUGUCUAUUGUCCAGUUAGUUAGCCUAGCCAAGGUGAAAUUAGGUAUAUAUGUGUAUAUGAAGGUAAUAAUUUCUAAUAUAAAUACCAAUUUUAAUUUCAGGAAUUCUGUUAAAAAAAAACAAAACCUUCAUGCUUAGACUAAUUUACACUGGAAAAAUUCCAGGCAAAGUCAUAAGUUAUUAUUUACUGAAUGUUAACAUUUUUAUAACUAAUUUCCUUAAUAU